UCACAAAAUGUCCAUUUGAAAUUCCAAAAAAAAAAAAAAAGAUAUCUAAUUCGAGAGAAAAGGAAACAAUAAUGUCUUCAAAAAACCUAGUUUUGCUCCAUUGCAUGGCAGUGCUUCUCCUUGUACGCAGCGUUUCGAGCUCCCAAGACAACGCGUUUCUCUUCCAUGUAUGUUCCGACAUAGAGGGAACCUUCACGACGAAGAGUCCGUACGAGACUAACCUAAACAUGCUCCUCGGUUCCCUCUCUUACAAAGCUCCUCCUACAGGGUUCGGCCUCGGCUCGGCCGGUCAGUCCCCCGACAAAGUUAACGGUCUAGCCCUCUGCCGUGGCGAUGUCUCCCCAGCCGACUGCCGCUCCUGCAUCACCGCCGCCACCCCUGAGUUACGUAAGAGAUGUCCGAACAACAAAGGCGGAGCAAUAUGGUACGACUUCUGUCUGGUCAAGCACUCGACCAUCAACUUCUUUGGAAAGAUAGACUACGACAACAAAUUCUACUUGUACAACGUCAACAACGUGACCGAUCCGACUUCUUUCAACGCCCAGACGAAGAACCUCCUCUCCCGGCUCUCGAAAGAAGCAGCCGCCGUGAAGAAGCUUUACGCCGCCGGGGAAGAUAACCUCUACGGCGGCGCUGGCUCCGGGAAGAAGAAGUUGUACGGAUUAGUGCAGUGUACGAGGGACUUGACGAGUGAAGCAUGUACGGCUUGUCUGGAUGGGAUCAUCGGUGAGCUCCCCAAUUGUUGCGACGGUAAAGAAGGUGGAAGAGUUGUGGGUACGAGCUGUAAUUUUAGGUAUGAGAUUUACCCUUUUGUUAGUAGCUCUUGAUUGAUGAAGAAUUUGAUGUGGAGCGAUCGUGGUUUCAUGUUUUAAUAAAUAUGUAACGAUAAUUAAAUAAAAUAAAAGUAUAGCCAAGAGAUUAUAUUCGC